CUCAUCACAUUCAAAACUUUUAAGCCAAAACCCUUUUUUGAGAAAGAAAAAAAAAUGGCUGCCUCAAAAUCAAACUUACAUAUUCGCUCAAACAGUUUGCCUUCCAAAUUACAUCCAGUCAUUGAAGAGUGCAAUGACCAUUUGAUGAGAUUAGGGGCAGCUCAUGCAAUUUCAUCAUCAUCUUCCAUUGCCCAACAACUCAGUGGUCUUGAGGAUUUGCACCUUUGUGUUGAGAGGAUGCUUGAGUUACCCCUAACUCAACAUGCCUUUUCCCAAGGCCGCCAAGAGAAAUGGGUUGAUGAAUUAGUGGAUGGAUCUCUUAGGCUCUUGGACAUGUGCAGUGCAGGCAAGGAUGCUGUUUUGCACACAAAGGAAUGUGCACGAGACAUUCAAUCAACCAUGCGUAGAAAAGUUAGUCUUGAGAGUGAGAUUAAGAAAUACUCAGCCUCAAGGAAAGUUGUGAAAAAGGCAAUCCAAAAGGCCUUGGGGGGUUUGAAAGUUGUUGAAUCGAAAUGCACAUUCUCUCCUACAAACAAGGAUAGUGAAAUUACAGCUUUUGUUGGUGUUUUUAGAGAGGUGGAAGCUGUUACUCUUGCAACGUUUGAAUCUUUGUUGUCCUUUAUCUCUGGUCCAAAAACACAUUCUAAGCUUAAUGGAUGGUCUCUAGUUUCCAAGCUUAUGCAAAGCAAACGAGUUGGGUGUGACGAUGACGUUGUAAAUGAAUUUGCAAAGGUGGACGCUGUCCUCUUGAAUAACGAGACAAACAAAGGUGACCAAGCCAUGGUGGAUCUGAAAAAUCUCGAAAUGUGUGUUCAAAACUUUGAACAAAUGCUAGAAUCCUUGUUCAGGCGUUUAAUCAAAACAAGAGUUUCCCUUCUCAACAUUCUCAACAACUAG